AAACAUGUCAACAUAAAUGGCGCGGUGGGUAUGGGAGGAUGACACGGUGUCAAACUUCACCCGGUAGAAUGGACGCUGAUAUGUUUCUGAAUCGGUUUGACGGGCAGUCGAAGCUGCUGGUCCGGUCCCUCCUGUGUGGAGCCUCCGGUGCCCAGAGAGCUGUGGGUGUCUUCCACAGACAGCACCGAGCCAACCCUGAAAUGUCGCUGUCUAACUUCAUAGAAAUCCUGUGCCAGGACCAAGUUACCUGUCCACGUACUGAGGCACAGCCACUGACGGUUAAACCGUUGGUGUGCCAGUUUCCAGCAUUAUUCAAACAGAACCUGCUGUCCUUCAUCUAUCUAGUCCACUCAUUUCUUCCUCGGACCGCCGUCCUCCAUCUUCUCAAGUGCCUCAGCCAGGACCCUCAUCCAAGCCCCUGGGUCACUGCUCUGGUUAGACAGAUGGAAAGAACCCUGGGGUCCCAUAAUGAGGAGCCUCUGUAUUCGCCACGGUGCAGCCACAGACUCACUGAGCUGUCGCAGCGUUUGCUGGGUGUUGGGGAGGCUGGAGGAUGGGCCAAGUGCUUCGGUGGUCACACAGUAGAAUCUGAAACUCAGAGUGCAUUUGGUUUAUCAGAGCUGGGGACACAACGUAAAAGAAAGGUCAGCUUUGUCAGUCUGGACUCAGACGGUGAGGAAACAGGACAGCAGAGUAAACGGAUCAAGAUGGACGUCUGUGGUAGUGAAUGUCUCAAUGCUGAAGAGCAGAGUGCAAAAGAAGAGACAUCAGGAGGAUUAGGAAAUGAUGGUGCAGCAGAGACUCGUGCUGAAGAGCUGCGGCCAGCACCAGGCGGUUCAUGUGAUGCUCUGCCUGAACAAAUAAAGGUCUCUGCUCUUCAAAUAAAGGAAUUACUGGAAAGUCAGACAGAGUGGGACCAGAGUUCCGUGGAGGUGUUUAAAGUGCUGAACGACUGUGACCCUGGUCAAGUGGAGGUGUUUUGCAGUAUGCUGAGUUUGCCUGAUUUACCGGAGCAGACUCUGCCUAAACUGUGCAGCAGUAUAUUGGCUCCCUCUCUGGACUUCAGCUACAGCACGGCAGCAACACUCAUCAAGAGCCUCCUGCUGCAGAAGGUCCUGUCCCUGUCAGAACCGGCCUCAAGAUGUCUAGUCUCUGCAGUGAUGUCACUGUGUAGCCGCUAUCCCAGACCAAUGUGCCAUGCUGUGAUCGAACCAGUUCUUGAGGAAAAGAACAUAGGGAAUCCACAGGCUGAGCUGCUGAACAGACUGAUAGAAAACUGCCUGGAUUCACAUUACAGACUGCUGGUGCUUCAAAUGACGUUCAAAAUAACAUGGAGUGAGGCAGUGCUCUCAAUUAUCCACAGCUUGCUCGACUCCAAGCCUGACCUGAGUGAAGAAAUGUUCACACAGUUCACAGAACAGCUCGUCAGCCAGAGUCCUCAGUUCACAAAGUCUGUGAAGUUUGCAAAGAUGAUGCUCACAGUCCUCACCAAAUAUAGCAGUCAUGUGACGGCUGCACACAAACACUCCCUGCACGGCUGCCUGAUGUCAAAUGAAACCUUCCUGAAAAAGUCUCUCCAAGCUGCUUUGAAAAGGAUCACACACACAUGAAGUUUCGUCAGAUCUAGUGCCUGUUAAUAAAAUGUUAAAAUAU